AUGAUGCCGGACGACAUGGAAGAGAACAGCCCAGAGGUUUCGGAUCAAAUGUCCGACAACGGAGACGAGGCGGAAGCACCCGUGAACGAAGAAGGCGCCAACAUGCCCGGUCAAUCCAACAAGUACGACGCCAAGGACCCCCUGCGGCCGAGGAGGAAGAAGGCCCGGAGGGCGUGCUACGCCUGCCAGAGAGCCCAUCUCACGUGCGGAGAUGAACGACCGUGCAAACGCUGCGUCAAGCGCGGCCUCGCCACCGGCUGUCAGGAUGGCGUGCGGAAGAAGGCCAAGUAUCUCCACGACGCGCCCGAGGACGCUCUCGGACCCGUCCUCGGCCCCAGCUACAACAACAUCCGGGCGAGGCCGAUCAGUCCGCGCCAGGCGUCGUCUCACUCGCACUCGGACGCCGCAGUGCCGGCCGUGACGCCGCCCACCUUUCUGCCUCGCACCGCGACGCCGUCCUUCCCCAUCUACCCGGCCGGGAGCCAGGCCCAGGUUGGCAUGCCCGACAGCCUGCCGUUCAACCCCCAAGCCUCCCCCGUCUCCGUAUCGACCUCCUACCAGGCGCCGGCGGCGGGGGCGCAGAGCAUGACGAUGCUCCCGGGAAACACGAUGGACCUGAGCGCUCUGUUCGACCCCAGCAACCCGGCCUUGUACAACUUCGACCUCGAGGGCCUCAACUUCGGAAGCCAGUACGCCGGUUGGGAGUUUGGCAUUCUCAACAAGAUGGCGCUGGGCGCGGAAACGCCGCCGUGCGACAACAUGUCCCAGACGGCCGACGCCAACUACGCGGCCAUGUUCUCCAACGGGGCGACGCCUGCGUACGACGCCAUCAUGGGCAGCGACUUCUUCGGCGGCGUCGACUCGACGUCCAACUUCUACACGCAGGAUAACCUGCAGCAUGGCCUUCCGCACGCAUACGCCAUAGCGGCCGGACCGACGAGCCUUGCGAGCCCCAGCACGGACGCGACGGCAAGCCCGCAAGCGACGCUCGAUGCGACGCUCGACGCAUCACCGGGCACCGGCCCCUUCGGCGGUCUACCCAACGUGGCUGCCUCAACGAUGAAGCCGAGGCAGGACAGGCUGAUGCAUCAGAUGCUCGGCAAGAGGCAGCGAGACUCGGCCGCCGUCUACGCGAGCGUCAAGGAGCCGUAUCCGUACACGGCCGGCUUCCACAACAUGAUCUCGGUCAUCAAGCACCGACUGCCCCUGAACAAGCUGCUGCUCAUCGCUCGCUCCCUCGGCGAGAUCCGGCCGUCGUUCAUCUCCUGCACCAAGGAUCUGACGCGCGAGGACCUCGUAUUCAUGGAGAAGUGCUUCCAGCGGACGCUGGUCGAGUUUGACGACUUCCUCCAGCACAGCUGCGCGCCGACCAUCGUCUGCCGGCGCUCGGGGGAAGUGGCGGCGGUCAACAAGGAGUUCACGGCGCUGACCCGAUGGACGAAGGAGGUGCUCCUCGGCAAGGAGCCCAACCGCAACGCGCACGCGCGUCCGGCAUCCAACGGCGGAUCCGUCGACGGCGACUCUGCCGCGCGGACGGGAGAUUCGACGGCGGAAACGAGAGAGGGCGGCGGCGGCGGCGAUCGGCCCCAACCCGUCUUCCUCGCCGAACUGCUCGACGACGAUAGCGUCGUUCAGUUCUACCGCGACUUUGCCCAGCUCGCGUUCGAGGACAGCCGCGGAAAGGUGCAGCGGAGCUGCAGCCUGCUCAAGUACCGAACGCAGGACGAGUUGGACGGCAAGGCGCGAACGUCGCGGAAGGACGCCAAGACGAGCAUCCUGAGCAGCCGGGUCACGCGGAUCGACGGCGAGCACGGCAUCUCGCGCAUUGCCAAGGACGGCAAGGUCAACUGCACCUACUGCUGGACCAUCAAGCGGGACGUGUUUGACAUUCCCAUGAUGAUCAUCAUGAACUUCCUACCGAGAUAUUAUCCCAACCAGGGACCUCAACAGCUCGCCGUCUAG